CUGAACUUGUACUUUGGAGUUAGCAGGAUGAGGGGCUGCUAUUCUCUAGGGGAUAAAGACUGACAUUUUUAGGAAGUGGCCCAGCUAUUAAGGAAACCACUACUGCUCCCAUACACACCCUGUCCCAUAGGGAGUGGGGGGAAGUCACGUCAGUCCUGCCUCUCUGCUUCUGAAGUAUAAGAGUCACUGGAGGCUCUGGAUAACCAACCACUCUCUCCCCUGGGCCUCAAGGACCAUGCUGGUGGCUGUUCUUCUCUCACUGGCCCUGCUGGGCACCACUGAGGCUUGCGAAGGGCAGUCAUCCUCCUUCCAGACUGGCAUUGUAUGCAGGAUCACCAGACCAGCCAUCUUGGUGUUGAACCAAGAAACCACAAAAGUGAUUCAGAAGGCAUUCCAGCGUGCCACAUAUCCUGACAUCAAGGGAGAGAGAGUUAUAUUGUUCCUGGGCAAAGUCAACUAUGGCCUAUACAACAUUCAGAUCAGCAACCUGUCCAUCUUCAGCAGCCAAGCAGAGCUGAAGAGAGAGAAGAGCAUAGACAUUGCAAUUCAGAAUGUGUCUGUCAUCUUCAAAGGAACCCUCCAAUAUGACUACAAUGCAGGAUGGCUACUGGAAGUUCAUCAGUCUGUUGACUUUGAAAUCGACACUUCACUUGACCUUCAGAUCAAUACCCAGCUAAAUUGCCAUGCAGGGCGUGUGCAGGCUGACACCUCCGACUGCUACUUGUCUUUCCACAAGCUGAUCCUACGUCUCCAUGGAGAAAAACAACCAGGCUGGAUUGAACAGCUGUUUACAGACUUCAUCUCUUUCACCCUGAAGCUGAUCCUGAAAGGGCAGGUGUGUAAGGAAAUCAGUGUUCUUGCCAACAUCAUGGCCAAUUUUAUUCAGGACAGAGCAGCUAACUUCAUCACAGAUGGAGACAUUGGUGUGGACAUCUCCCUAUCCAGAACCCCAGUAAUCAAAGACAGCUACCUGGAGUCACAUCACAAGGGUUUCCUGAUGUACAAGAACCAGUCCUCAAGCUUUCAGGAUUCCACCUACACCCCAAACCUCCUGGAUGACUCUCGCAUGCUGUACUUUUGGUUUUCUGAUAAAGUUUUAAGCUCCCUGGCUAAGGCUGCCUUCCUGGACAAGAGACUAAUAUUGACCCUGACAGGAGAUGAGUUCAAGGCAUUGCUGGAGAACAAAGGCCUGGAUACCACCCAAGAUAUCUUGCAGGAGAUUUUUCAGGGUUCCUCCUUCAGUGACUCUCAGGUAGUGGUUCGAAGCCUGUCUGCCCCCCUUAUUACCUGCAAGCUGGAGGGCACCGUAGUGAAGUCCUCUGUAGGUGUGGAGAUCCAACUCCUCCGCCAGGACCAGACCCCUACUGUGGCAUUCUCUUUUGAAGAGGACAUUGUGACUGUCAUUCAGGCAUCCUAUGAUGAGAAGAAACUGAUUCUAGACCUCUCUGAUUUCCAGAUUCAGCACAAGUCUUUCCAUUCUGUUGCUGCAUUAUCUACGAGCCAAGAGUCGAUCCGGGACUUCCUGAAGACCCUUACAACCAUGGUGGGCAUUCCUGUGAUCAUCUCCUGGCUUGAGCCAGCACUCACAGCACUGUUGAACAGUAAAGGCCUGGACCUCUUUGACAUCAUCAAUCCUGAAAUUCUUACCAAAGAGGGUUAUCUGGUGCUCCAGAUGGACUUUGGAUUCCCCCAGCAUCUGCUAGAGGAUUUCCUCCAAACCAUCCUCUAGAAGACAGCCAGAGAGGGGCUGCCUGGACAACUGAACCAAAGGGAAAUUGGGGAAGGCUGCCUUGGUCCCCACACCUAUCAAAUGAGGAUAACCAUGAACACUUUCACAGUGGCACCUCACAGGGCUGUUGGGAGGAUUAGAUGAGCUCAUUGAUCCAAAUUGCUUUGUAAAUCUGCAAAGCUGUCAUUAUUCUAAUUAUUCUCAGUAGUAUUCUCACUGUUUGGUCCCCCUUGCCUGCAAGAAAAUAAGGCCAAGAAAAUAAGAAAGAACACGGGUGAUGUUUGCUGCCUUCUUGCCUCCCACCCCAACUCCUACUCCUACUCUACAAAGAAGCCAGAAGCCCUUACACGAGCCUAUUGGUAUCAGUCAUAAUGUCAUUAAAGCCUGGAGCCACACUCCCUCUUUAGUGGGAAACUGGGGAAGAUGGAGGCAUCUAUUUCUGUCCAAAAGCCUUUCGGUAAUCAAACUUCCCUCUUUGUCCUUCA